AUGGCUAAAUCGUGUGAUGACAUCCCUAAAAAGUACAGUGAAGACGACAUGAACAUGGAUGACGAUAGCGAAGACCCGCCCGGUUGCUUUCGCAGGUUCAUUCUGUCGCUGCGGAUCAACCCGAACCUUAUAAUGUUAAAAGUGACACUUUUUGUUAUGUAUGGAGCCACUGCAUCCCUUUUACCAUACCUGACGAUACACAUGCAAAGCAUAGGUUUAACUGUUCCUGAAAUAUCGUUUGUAUACCUAGCUUUACCUUUUACUACGUUUUUGAGCCCUCCGAUAACUGGAUUUCUCGUGGACCGUUUCGGAGAAUAUAAGCCUGUUGUGAUAACAGCGUUAAUACUAAACGCAGCCUUUCAUCAUUCGUUGCUCUUGAUUCCACAUCAGGAAACGCCAGGAGUGAUGCCAUCGGCAUACGUAAUGAGACAUCCGAUCAAGGAGACCGUCGAGAUUUGGUGGAGCCCGUGUCCUAGCAGAGAGUGCCCUGAUGAAGACGAGCAAGUGGAUUUUGUACUAGACAGAUGUGUGGAUCACUGUAUGCUAUUCAGGCCCACGGAGACCAGCCCAACUAGUGAUCCCACAGAUGAUAAAGAUGAUAUUGAUGUUCAUAUUGUGCAAAAGAUUUAUCCGCCUAAUUUAUCUAAUAGCAGUUUUAUAAACGGUACCUACGAUGAAGAGGAUUACAAUGACGCAGCAUUUUUCUUAAUUGAAGUCCACGACGAUUUAGGAGAACCUAAAGAGCAACUUGGUAUUGAAAUGGAAAGGGACGAUAACGACACUGUAACGGACUUCAGAUCAAGAUUUGGGGAAAAACUCCUACUGUCUCAGGGUGUAAACAUAACAGCCCUUGAUAAAGAAGACUUGAGAUGUGGAGGGCUUGUCAUGUUACACAAUAUGACUAAACUAUCUCAACAACGGCUUGCAACGUUAUCCGCCGAUUGUAUGGUACAGAAAUGUGAUUUUAGAAAAGGCGGGCCGGAUGUUUGUCCGCCGGACUAUAAGGAAAGUGACGAUAAAACUUUUUAUAUUUACUUUUUCUUACGCUUCAUGGGCACUAUCAUGCUAUCCGCCGGUGUCACUAUAAUGGAUCCCAUCGCUUUGACCAUGAUACAAAAGUACGGCGGAGACUUCGGUAGAGAGAGGCUCUUCUCAAGCAUUGGAAUGGCAAUAUUUUCACCUAUCACCGGCAUGUUAAUAGAUAUGCGCAGUAAACAAGUGGGAUAUACUGAUUAUUCUGCUGCCUUCUACACCUACGACGUUUUGCUUCUAAUAUCGGCGAUCACCGUCGCUGUCAUGCCACUCGGGGCAAAACUACCGGCCGAUAAUCUAUUACACGACUUAGUGAAUAUCAUAAAGAUGCCCCACAUUAUCAUUUUCAUAUUCUUUCUAUUUGCACUCGGCAAUUUCUGGGGUUUUAUUGAGUCCUACUUGUUUCUGUAUUUAAAGGAGUUGGGAGCACCGAAUUUCUUAUUAGGAAUAACGGUGACAGUUGGUACGCUGAGCAGCAUCCCGUUCCUUUACGGCGCAGACGCGAUCACCUCCCGGAUUGGCCACGUCAACGUGAUCGUCGUCGCGUUCUUUUCCCACGCCGCCAGACUUGUCGGCUACUCCUUUAUUGAAGAUUCUUGGUGGUGCUUUCCAUUUGAAGCUAUGGAGUCUUUGUCAGUGCACCUGAUGUGGGUUGCUGCUGCUACAUAUUGCGCCAUGCUAGCACCGAAAAGCUUAUUGGCUACUCUGAUUGGUGUUUUAGGAAUGGCUCAUUUUAGUUUAGGUCGUGGUAGUGGCAGCUUUGGAGGAGGCCUGCUUAUUGCUUCUCUUGGCACCCGAGAAGCCUUCCGGUACAUGGGCUUAAUAGCCUUCUUAGGAGGAGUAUUGUAUGGACUUCUUCAUUACUUUUGGUUGCGCAACAUUAAUAUGAAAGCUAUUCCAGAAAUUUCUGAACCGGACACAGAAAGCGGAGAAGGGGACAAGCUAAAUGGUGAACCGCUUCGUAAGGAUGCAGAGACCAUGGUGUCUUUAGAGAGACUACACAUGAUAACUAGGUUUAAUCCACUUGGAUCAUUGCACUCUUUAUCUAGGGGAUCUCGUGCUAGGCUCUCUCAAGGCGACAUAAACGAACUCUGCCGAAGCCGUAGUGGAAGUAAUAGUCAGCGCCGUUGUAGCAACAUUGAGAUAUCACCUAAAUCGCAAAGCUCAGCCUCCAAAGUUGACUUACUUAGAUCUGCCCUGGAGGUUUCACAUCAACAAGCUAAAGGCCAUAUAUCAAAUCCGGUUUUGUCCAACAGAACUGUGCCUCAUUCGUAUAAGCUAGCAAACAGUGCACCAAAACUUACACAACGGAACAAUAUAUCCCAGCCCGCCUUAGCUGAAUACGACGCGAGACGAAGAGAUUCUAUUCCAGAAGAAGCAGAUGAAGACAAGCUUAUGCCUACCAAGCCUGUUAAGACGAAGAGUGACAGCAUCCCCCCACCACCCACUUAUGAUGAAGCUACCCGUGAGAAGAGAAAAAGUUGGCACUCGGACGAUAGCACACCCACUUAA